AUGGAGAUUCUUCGUAAUCAUCCAUGCCACACACAACAUGAACUGGAGCCACAAAACUACACCCAACCAUAUACAUGCCAUGGCUGCAAACAAAAAGGGUUCGGCCCUCGAUACCGAUGCGAAAAGUGCGAUUUCGAUUUUCACCAAGCUUGUACUUACACUGGAACCGACCCCGUUUACCAUGACUACUUUUCGGGUUCCAAAUUCAUGUUCCUUAGAGACCCACCAGAACCCUGCCACCCUACAUGCAAAAUAAGAUGCGACGCUUGUAGAAACUACGUCAAUGGCUUUGUUUUCCACUGCGAGGACAAUGACUUGGAUCUCCACCCAUGUUGUUGGAACCUCAAAAGAAGUUACCAAAUGGAAGAUGUGAAGUUCAAUCUCAACAAGAAGAUGAAAGGGAAGUGCAUGUGGUGCAAUAGGAAGAGCCUUAAAGAUGGUGGUAGCGACAAUGGGUGGUCUUACGUUUCCGAGUGCAAGAAGUACCAUGUUCAUGUUACUUGUGUUACUGAAAUGGCUUUAGAAACAUGGUAUAACAACAACAACGGCGGUGGUGGAGGGAGCAGUAGUAGCGGUGGCCGCGGACAAGAAUCUUUGGCUCUGGAAAAGAAAGUGAAAGAACUUCAGGCUGUUGGAGGUUAUGGAGAUGAUGGAUUUGGGAAGAACAAGUUUUGGAGAAUCUUGAAGUUCAUCAUCAAGACGAUUGUUAGUAUCGUUAUCGGAGAUCCUACAAUGAUUCUCGCUUCUUUCUUCAUCAACCUACUUCCAUGA